AUGGCAGGCCUCAGCGCAGGCUACGACCUAUCCGUGUCGACCUUCUCCCCCGACGGGAGGCUCUACCAAGUGGAGUACAUAUACAAGGCCAUCAACAAUAACAACACGGCCCUGAGUCUGGAGUGUCGGGAUGGCCUCAUCACCUGUUGCGUAAAUUCAAAUUUACUUAAAAACAAAAUGAUAAAGCAGAACAGCUACAAUCGAAUAUAUCACAUCAACAACAACGUUAUAAUGACUUAUGCAGGACUGGAUGGAGACGCGAGAAAUAUAAUUGAUCGAGCCAAGUAUGAAGCGAAUAGUUACUUUAUGAAUUUCCACACGAAUAUACCUCUGCACAUUUUGGCCAACCGAGUUUCGCUUUAUAUUCACUCGUUCACUUUGUACUGGCACUUGAGGCCCUUUGCGUCUUCCAUCAUUCUCGCUUCGUUCAACGAGAAGGAGAAAGGAGAAAUUUACUGCGUGGAACCCAACGGAGCCUGUUACAAGUACAGCGGAGUGGUCAUCGGCAAGAAUAAAGAAAUGUUCAAAACCGAAAUAGAAAAAAAAAAUUACAAGGAGGUCGAUGUGAAGGAAGCCCUCGUGGACAUAUAUAAAAUUAUUUUAACAAGUGAUGACCAUAUGAAUAAAAAUAAUUUGCCUCACCUGGUGAACUUUUCGUGGAUAUGCAAAGAGUCGUCUUAUGAAUACCAGAGCGUUGAUGCGGAAACGCUGAAUGAUGCCAUGCGCGUGGCCGUGGAGUCGAUGGAGCAGGCGAAUUAG